GCCAAUUCUUUUUUCCAUCACUCUCUUUUCUUUCUUCUCCUCUCUCUCUCUCAAAACUCAUUAAAGCUUCUCACAUUCUUGCUGUUGUAGGUGUAUUUUUAUCUAGGAUUAAAUAAAGCUUCAGAGAUAAUUAUACAUGGCGAAGGAUCAACUUCAAGUGUUGAAUGCACUUGAUGUGGCCAAAACACAAUGGUAUCAUUUUACAGCAAUCAUUGUUGCAGGAAUGGGAUUUUUUACAGAUGCCUAUGAUUUGUUUUGUAUUUCCCUCGUAACCAAGCUACUCGGCCGCAUAUACUAUCACGUUGACGGCGCACCAAAGCCGGGAAAUUUGCCGCCCAAUGUCUCCGCCGCAGUUAACGGCGUAGCCUUUAUCGGAACACUCUCUGGCCAGCUCUUCUUUGGCUGGUUAGGUGACAAGCUCGGCAGAAAGAAAGUCUACGGCAUGACUCUGUUGCUUAUGGUGCUUUGCUCUGUCGCCUCCGGCCUAUCGUUCGGCCGGGAACCAAAGUCGGUUAUGACGACGCUUUGCUUUUUCCGGUUCUGGCUCGGAUUCGGUAUCGGAGGAGAUUAUCCGCUUUCUGCCACCAUUAUGUCGGAGUACGCAAAUAAGAAAACUCGCGGCGCAUUUAUCGCCGCCGUCUUCGCGAUGCAGGGAUUUGGUAUCUUGGCCGGAGGCAUAUUUGCAAUCGUUAUCUCAUCGAUAUUCAAGGCGAAAUUCGAUUCUCCGCCAUAUAAGGUUGAUCCGGUAGGCUCAACUGUUCCAGAAGCAGAUUUUGCGUGGAGAGUAAUUCUUAUGGUGGGGGCUCUUCCUGCUGCACUGACAUACUAUUGGAGGACGAAGAUGCCGGAAACCGCGCGUUACACGGCGUUGGUUGCGAAGAACAUGGAACAGGCUACAAAAGAUAUGUCUAAAGUUAUGCAAGUAGAACUCCAAGCAGAGGAAUUAAAGAAAGAGGAGGAUAAAACUAAGGAUUUUGGCUUGUUCUCUAAGCAAUUCGCGGCGCGUCAUGGUUUACAUUUGCUUGGAACAGCGAGUACAUGGUUCUUGCUUGAUGUUGCAUUUUACAGUCAGAAUCUCUUCCAGAAAGAUAUCUUCAGCGCAGUCGGUUGGAUUCCUCCUGCGGAAACCAUGAACGCGUUGGAAGAAGUUUACAAGAUCGCCAGAGCCAUCCAAUUGAUUGGUUUCUUCUUCAUGACAGUGUUCAUGUUUGCCCUCGCAAUUCCUUAUGAGCACUGGACUCAGAAAGAGAAUCGCAUUGGAUUCGUCGUGUUGUAUUCAUUAACAUUCUUCUUCGCAAACUUUGGACCUAACUCAACCACUUUCGUCGUCCCUGCGGAGAUCUUCCCUGCAAGAUUCCGCUCUACAUGUCAUGGGAUUUCGUCGGCUUCAGGCAAGCUUGGUGCUAUGAUUGGUGCUUUUGGAUUUCUAUAUUUGGCGCAGAGUCCGGACAAGACCAAGACAGAUGCAGGUUAUCCUCCCGGCAUUGGUGUCAAGAAUUCUUUGUUGGUAUUAGGAGUGGUUAAUAUUUUAGGGUUCUUGUUUACAUUCUUGGUGCCUGAGCCAAAGGGAAAAUCUUUAGAAGAAAUAUCAGGUGAGCAUGAACAAGAAGAUGAGCUUGGAAAUAAGGUAUAGUCGUGUUGUUUGGCACAAUUAGGACGAAUAAUAAAGCCGUGCCUUCAAUUUGGUAUUCGAAUCACCCGGCCCAAAAGUAGGUUCUUUUCUAUAUGAGUUGCUCUUUUUAUUUGAUUUUGUGUUGUCAUUUUGUAUAGAUAACAGGUGCUAUUUGUUCUGUGAUUUGGAAACGUAUGUAAUUGUCUAUUUCAUUCUUUAAUUUGAUGACUAUAUAUAUAUGUUUCUUUACUUUUAAUAACCAUCUCCCUUCUUCAUCACCUACGUUCCCCUUAUAUGUAUUACUUCUUUGUUGGCCAAUGUACUUUUUUGGUCUAAUGUGCAUUCUUUGUUGAGAAGUAAUCAUG